GAGGAGAGGUCGGAGCUGUCUCCAGGAGCCCUUAGAGACCUAGUCCCCGGCGGCGGUGGCGGGGGGGAGCGCACAGGAAGAUUCAUUCCACGUCUUAUAACCUGAAAACGGUGGGCCCCAGGAAGUCUUACUGGUUUCAGGUAGAAACAAUAGUUGAAGAUGUCCAGCAAAACAGCAAGCACCAACAACAUCGCCCAGGCCAGGAGGACAGUGCAACAGUUGAGAAUGGAAGCCUCCAUCGAGAGAAUAAAGGUUUCAAAGGCGUCAGCGGACCUCAUGUCCUACUAUGAGGAGCACGCCAGGAGCGACCCUUUGCUGAUAGGGAUACCGACCUCAGAAAACCCUUUCAAGGAUAAAAAACUUGCAUCAUCUUAUAGAGGAACGCUGAAAUGGCUCCUCACCUCUUCUCAACAAAGCAAAUUUUGAGCAGCUCCUUGGAAGAAAUUUACUUUCAGCUUAUUUGGUAACCACUGCUAAUAGCUAAAAUACUCUAACUUGGAAUAAAAAAAAAAAA